UGGAGUGUUAACUUGUGUAGUUAUUCGUUAUACUAGGUAGUCUUAUUACAUGUAUAAGCUAAUGUUUUGAAAAGCCUAAAUUAGACGCUGCUUUCUUUUAUAAUAUUAACUGUGGAAUAGCAGGAUUGCACCCCUAAGUCAUUACUGUUAUCAAGGUAUCUGCAGGACUUUCAUUGGGCAGCAAUGUUUUUGGUAUUUGUAAUGGUUAUUAUAGGUUUUUCUUUACUGUUGAUUACUCUAAAGAUUUAUAUCAAACUUACUACAGGAUGGGAUCGAAGUCACACUUGUUUAGUUGGAAAGACGGCUGUUGUUACUGGUCCUGAUUCAGGUAUCGGUUUCUACACAACUCUCGAUUUAGCAAAGAGAGGAGCGAGGGUAAUUAUGGCAUGUAGAAAUAGAGAAGAUGGUGAAGAUGCACGUGCAAAAAUUAUCAAAAUUACCGGUAAUCCCAAUAUCGUAGUGAAAUUUUAUGAAGCAACCUCCUUUGAUUCAAUCAGAGCGUUUGCAAAAGAUUUUAACGAAACGGAGGAAAGAUUAGAUAUCUUGGUGAAUAAUGCUGGAAUGGGUACCAAGGAAAGGCUUAAAACAAAUGAUGGUUGCAAUGUUGUAAUGCAAGUUAAUUACUACAGCAGCUUUUUAUUGACUCAUUUAUUAAUAGAUAAACUUAAAGCCAGUGCACCGAGUAGAAUUGUAAAUGUAGCAUCUAUUCUGCACAAGAUUGCAUAUUUAGAUUCUGACGAUUUAGACAGAUAUCCAAAACAAUUUCCUCUUUCAUUUUGCGUGACCUAUGGCAAUAGCAAAUUAGGUGUCGUAUGCUUUAAUAUAGAAUUGGCUAGAAGAUUAGAAGGAACUGGCGUAACUACAAACGCUCUUCAUCCUGGUUUUAUUUUCACAAAUAUUUUUAAUGAAAUAACAGGUCUUCAGAGGAUAAUUGUAGCAUUUUUCGCGAGUAUUUGCUCAAAGACACCUCUGGAAGGAGCCCAAACGUCAAUUUAUCUUGCCGUUUCACCCAAAGUAAAAAAUAUUUCCGGACAAUACUUUGUAGACUGUGCACGAGAAAAUUUAUCAAAGGAAAUUACUCGAGACCAUUACUUGAAGAAAAUAUGGGAAAACACUGAGAAAAUAGUACGUCUAUCUCCUGAUGAGAAGAUUAUUUAUAAAUAGAUCACUGUUGCUGCUUUUCUGUGUUACGAAAAUGUUAAUGUAAAUAAUUUACAUUAUCCAGUACUUUUGUAAUAAUACAUACAAUUUUAUUUG